AUGGACUGUGAAAGAGAGUACCUUGACAUUCAAAAUUCUUGCGGCGGCGGCGGCGCUACAAGCGUUGCGUGCAAUGGCGAUCGGAAAUACUCGGUCAAAUUCGGAUGCACGUCUCACCGCAUCAAGGCUAUUUUGUGUAAAUUCGCAUCCCAUUGCGGCUGUUUUUGCUGCACUGAACCGUCCCGACCAUCACUCUGCUCGCAAUUCCCUGAAAUUACAAAAGUAGUCACACAGACAAGACGAGCUGCCACGUCGACUACCCGAGCAGGUUUGAGAGGGAAGCGGCAGGUCUCUCCGCCUUUCCAGCCAGCGUUGAAACAAAUAUUUGAGGCAAAAGAGACCGCUUCUGUUACUUCAGAGCAGCCUCAGCCGAGUCGAGAGCGCACGUCAGCCCUCCCUGCUUUUCUUACAGUCGCGACAUCGAUUUCGCCCCUCCGCGCCGAUAAUCCAACCCAAAACAAAACCAAACACGCAGUCAAAGAGCACGCGAAAAUGGACAAGGCCGUGCUGACCCGCGCCACGAGCAAAGAGGAUGCACCGACGCCCGGCUACCUGUACGGCGAGAUCGCGCGCAUGACGCAGCACAGUUACGAGACGUGCGCCAAGGUGCAGGACUUUCUCAUUGCGCGUGUGAAGAAGAAGCACCACACGGUCAAGUACAAGGCGCUGCAGGUCAUCAAGCACAUUUGCCGCGAGGGCCGCGUGGACUUUAAGCGCGAGAUGCAGAAGCACAUUCCGACGAUCAAAGAGUGUUUGCAAUGUCGAGGCGUCCCGGACCCAUUGAAAGGGGACGAGUACUAUCGACGAGUGCGGGAGUCGGCGAAGGAGUGUCUGGAUGCCAUUUACGACACGGACAACACGCCAGGACUUAGCGGAAUGGGCAUGUCGGCCCGUAUUCAGGGCGUAGGAGCCAAUCCGAACAAUAAUACGGGCGGGAGUUCAGGCUGGAGCUCCAAGAUUUGGGGCGGCAAACACUCGAAUGAUAGCUCGUUGUCGCCGCCGCCAAUGGCUGGACCACCGAUGGGUGGAUACAAUGGUGCCGCCGCGCCACCUGCUGGAGCUCCUUAUGGGUAUCCGAGUGACCCAAAUCAAGGCAGCUAUGGAGGUCCAGCACCCUAUGGUCAACAGCAGCAGCCGUACCAGCCUGAGUAUCCCCAGCAAGGAUCGUAUGGAGGCCCAGGAGGUGGUGGUAAUCCGGCAUUUGGAGGGGCAAUGCCGCCGAACCAGUAUGGAGGGGCUCCGCCGCCGCCGUUUCAUGACCAGAAGUUUUCGGGUAUCGGGAAUCCGAUGUAUCAAGACCCACGAGCGGAUGAGAAAGGGUUCUUUAAGGGAUUGAAGGAGAAGGUAGCGUCGAAGUAUUCCAAGCCGGACAAGUCGACGUUUGGUGGAGGCCCGCCUGGGUCAGCAAAUCCUCCAGAUGGGUGGAGUUUUGCCACGAACCGUGGUCCCACGAGCGGGAACUAUGGUCCCACGCCUCCUUCUUACAACCCAGAGGAGCCAUAUCGCCCUACGGGCUACACUGGAGGAGGUUACCGUCCUGGUUCUCAUGGACAAGACCCACGCGAGUCUGCCAGUACUCAACUGCGUGAAAAGUCUUACGAUGGCGACCGCAAGAAGGGUCGUGUUGGAGGUGCAUGGACUGGAACUGACACUCCCUCGUCUCAUAGCAGCUCCACUGGAAUGACGCCGAAUACUAGCCACGACAGUCGAUUGCAAAACUUCGGGGGCAACGCGUGCAAUACCCGCUCGUACUCUCGGAACCCAGACUACGAGUAUGAUGACGCGAAGCGUCGCGAGCCUGCUCAGGGAUCGAGGCCUUUUCCACAAUCCGCAGUACUUUCCGGCCAGACUUCUGGCGCCCAAUCGGAUGGCUCGUACGAACGAAAUCUGGUCACGGCUCUGUGUGCUCCUGGCGGUAUGCGUGCUAUUCCUCCCAAGGACAAGAUGGAUGCGUUUUUGAAAAGCGCGAUUACAUUGGACGCCGAAAUUGUCGGACCGAUCUUAGAGGAUUGUCUGUCAGACGAUCAGUGGACGGUUGUGUCGAAAGCCCUGGCAACAAUUGAUGCUUUGCUGAAGACAGAUGGCUGCGAGGAGUUCGAAGAGUACUUUGCUGAAAGUUAUAGCGAGAUUGAGUCUUGUGCGAAGUCAGAGAAGGCUGCUGUACGGGACCGUGCUACAAAGAUUUUGCAUCACCUUGGUAUUUCUGCUGAGGCAUCGAGCUCCAGUCGCGAGUUGCCCAAGUCGAAGAGCAAGCCUUAUAGUAGCAGGGAGCAGCCAGCUGCAGCAGCAGAAGUUGAUCUAUUGGGAAGUUUCGAUGACGCUCCUCCCGCAGGCAGCAGUGGAUCGCUCUUUUCUGGACUACAUACAAAUGCUUCUCCCCAGCAGCCAGCACAAGAGUCCUCGCAGCCUGCUCCGUCGGCGCAUGAUGUGUCGGAUAUGUUUGGCGGUUUGCAGCUUCAGAGUGGUACGCCGAGCACGGCAGCCGCACCUGAAGCACCUCAAGCACCAACUGCAGUUCAGGCCCCUGCUCCCGCAGCUCCAGCUCCCACAUCGUCGACGAACCAAACUAUGGUGCUGGACCCGCUUCUCGAGCCUAUGCCGACAGCGCCAUCGAUAAGUCAGGGUUAUGGCGGUCCGAUGAACAUGACCAUGAUAAACUUUAACACGCCGCAGCAAAUAGCGCAGAUGCAGCAGAUGCAACAGAUGCAGUACAUGCAACAAAUGCAGCAAAUGCAGUAUAUGCAGAUGCAACAAAUGCAAGGCAUGGGUGGCAACCCUGGCUCUCAGGUGAUUGGAGCUGCGAUGACCCCUACAGGUUAUAUCGCCAAAACAAUCCAGGAGCCGGCCGAUAGCCUCACAUCCGACUCGGGGUUCGGCUUCAUGAAAAAGAAGGAUGAUUCGUUUAACUUCGUGAAGGACGCCAUGAAGAAUGGUUAA